AAUAGUUUCAAGAUCACUCCAAACUUCUACCCUUCCUAGUGCAAUACAGAAUAGUGUAACGGGAUUCGGUAUUUUUCCAAACACGGAAGUGUUGUUUAUGUUAAGGAUGAAAAAGUAGUUAGGUUCGCUACCGUUAACACAUUGGCGUAAAAUGUCGCGUUAUAACUAUGAGAUUCUUCCACAGAGAGAUGACCGACAUUGUAUCACUCCUGGUCUGUUUACAUCCGGACAGUCUCAAUAUAACAGCGGCUUCUCCUUUGACUUUGUCCCUAAAAUAAAAAACAACGAUUUUACAGAUGACAGUCAAGGACUGGUAUCACGGCUGUGCAACUUGGUUGUUAUAUUCCUAGUUUUUCUUUGUACGCUCAUGACAUUUCCAAUAUCUGCAUGGUUUGUUUUAAAAACAGUGCCCAACUAUGAGAGAAUUGUUAUAUUCCGCCUGGGUCGCAUCCGACCUCCAAAGGGUCCAGGAGUGGUUUUGGUGCUUCCGCUUAUUGACCAGUGGCAAAGGGUGGAUCUAAGAACUAGGGCUUUCAACAUCCCACCAUGCAAGGUGACCACUAAAGAUGGUGGCCUAGUGUCUGUCGGAGCAGAUAUCCAGUUUCGGAUCUGGAAUCCCCUCAUGUCUGUGGUGGCAGUGCAGGAUUUAAACGCUUCUACACGCCUUACUGCACAGAAUGCUAUGACUCAGACCCUGGGCAAGAGGACAGUGAGAGAGAUACAGACUGAGAGAGUCAAACUGGGUGAGCACCUCGGGAUGGACAUAAAUGAUAUGACAAAACCUUGGGGUUUGGAGGUUGACCGGGUCGAGCUGACCCUGGAAAGUGUUCUUCGUGCUCCAGAUGAUUCUCACUCAGGGCCAUUCAUCAUGCCUCCCUCUGUCCCUGGCUUAGAGGGUUUGACUGGACCUAUACAGCAGCUUGCCAUGCACUUUCUGGGGCAAAGUACAGAAGCAUCUCCACCUGCUAAAGAUGUAGUGCUCUUCACUGACGAGUUGAGCACAGAGGCUCCAGAAACUAAAAGCAGCAGUGUGAUAGAGGAGCUCCUGGUAGCUGUGAGACUGGUGCUGUCUGAGAGCUUGGUUAGGCAAGUGGGAGCCUGCUUCCAGUUUCACAUCAUUACCAGCACUGGCCAGACCAGGAGCUACUAUGUAGAUCUAACUCAAAAUAGUGGAACAUGUGGAGCAGGUGAGGCAGCAAAGCCAGAUGUGUGUCUCAGUAUGAGUGCGCAAGAUAUGAUGGCUCUGUUCCAGGGCAGCCUGAGGCCAUUCGCAGCAUACAGCAGUGGCAGAUUGAGAAUUCAGGGAGACUUAAACACUGCCAUGAAAUUAGAUGCACUUGUUAAACUCAUCAAAACUCCAAUGAUGUCUAGUUAUACUUAAAUGUAAUGUGGCCACUACCCACAAAUUUGUGUUAGAGUUUCAGAAUGUAAAUAAUUGUUGUGACUUAAAUAUUUAUCAUAGCUAAAUGAUCUGUUAAUAAAUAUAAUAGGGUUACUGUAGGGGGCACGGUGGCUUAGUGGUUAGCACGUUCGCCUCACACCUCCAGGGUUCGAUUCCCGCCUCCGCCUUGUGUGUGUGGAGUUUGCAUGUUCUCCCCGUGCCUCGGGGGUUUCCUCCGGGUACUCCGGUUUCCUCCCCAGGUCCAAAGACAUGCAUGGUAGGUUGAUUGGCAUCUCUGGAAAAUUGUCUGUAGUGAGUGAUUGCGUGAGUGAAUGAGAUUGUGUGUGUGUGCCCUGUGAUGGGUUGGCACUCCGUCCAUCUGAGAUAGGCACAGGCUCCCCGUGACCCGAGGUAGUUCGGAUAAGCGGUAGAAAAUGAGUGAGUGAGAGGGUUACUGUAAAAAAAAAAAUGAUAAUUAAAAAAAAAAAGCAUCUGGGUUAGUAAUAUCCAUUGAGAACUCAAGUAAAUAUGAAUAAAAUAGAAAAAAUGCUGAAAAGAUUUUGUCUGUGAAACUAAAACAGGAUGUUUUU